AUGGCAAGCAGUCAACCCUCUUUGGCUAUUCCAGGUCAGCGCCUGGGGCCAGUGUCUUCUUACUCGGCAGGACCAGGUACCCACGUGCAAAAUGCCAACAUUUAUGCAUCCAUUGCUGGACCAGUGGUUGUCCAACAAGCUCAACCCAGCUCCAAAGUAAAAUCUAUCCUCAGCGUCUCGCGGAACUUGCCGAGGAAAACGGACCCUUCUACCUCGACCACACCUGCAAAAACGACAACAACUACGAAGCCCAAACUGAGGUACAACACUCUCCCCGCUGUCGACUCGAUUGUGUUAGCACGCGUCACCCGUGUCCAGAAACGCCAGGCCACAGUCUCCAUCCUCGUCGUCCUCGACGAGUCGGCUGGGUCCCAAAGCCCCAAUCCGUCGAAGACGGCUUCAGACAACGACAACAUCGUCUCCAUACUCACUUCGGCGGCCAAUCCUGAGAAUCACAGUAGCUCCGACGAGCUUCGCUUCCAGGCGCUUAUCCGGAAGGAAGAUGUGCGUGCUGUUGAGAAGGAUCGCGUCGUGAUGGACGAGAUGUUCCGUGUUGGAGAUAUUGUGCGUGGUUCCGUCAUUUCCCUGGGUGAUCAGAGUUUCUAUUAUCUUACCACUGCGCGCAAUGACCUUGGUGUCGUCAUGGCACGUAGCGAGGCUGGCAAUAUGAUGUUUCCGGUUAGCUGGAAAGAGAUGAGAGACCCCGUCACUGGUGCUGCAGAAUUGCGAAAAGUUGCUCGGCCUUUUUGA